AUGUCGACUCUCGAUUCACUCUCGCCUCUGCUGUUGGCGAACAUCUUGAGCUACUGUACACCAGUAGACAAAUUGGUUUUCGCUCUCACUUCCAAACGAUCAUGGAUCAAGUGGCAAGAGCUUGGACCCAGUGACAAGGACAUCUACACCCCACGACCAUCACUCGUCACCUCAAAGCUUGAUCAGAAUCAGAAGCAACUGUUCAUUCCUCCCAAUACAAAGAUCCUAGAGUUGGAAGGCGACAAUCAUCAACCAAUCGACCCAGGCACCAUCCCAAACAGUGUGACAACUCUUUGGUACGACAUCAACCAUCCCCUGCCCCCCGGCGUCAUUCCAUCGUCUGUUGUCAACUUAGAGAUAUCUAGCUUCUUUGAUCACGACCUCGAACAGGACAGCCUCCCAUCGUCGAUCACUGAUCUAAAGUUCUGCUUCUAUAACAGGCGCCUGCUGCCAAGUGUCUUCCCAACAUCGCUGACAAAGCUAUCCAUCUUCCGAGAUGACCCUACCCCAAUGGAGGUGAUCUUCCCGCUGCCACCAUCCAUCACAGACUUCACGUUGUUGAGCGACAUCAACCCAAUGGAGUGGCACUCGACUAUCCAUGCACUGCCAUCUCUGACCACACUCUCAGUGGGACGCUUCACACCUGCGCCGAAUAUUGGCUUCGUGCCCAACUGUGUCACGACACUGGACAUCUUGUCGUUUGACCACAACCUCACUGUUGGUCUGCUGCCACACGGACUCAAGACCUUGAACAUCAAGUGCGAGUUCAACAGGCGACUCUGUCCGGGGAUGCUCCCGCCAACCCUCACUCAUCUCUCACUUGGUAGCCACUUCAAUCAGAAAUUGCUGGCAGAUGGUUCGUUGCCACAGGGCCUGCUGCACUUGGAUGUUAGCGAUACCUAUGAUCAGACAAUCGCCGAGGAUGUCCUCCCAACCACGCUCAAGUCUCUGAUCUUUGGCCUCCCCGCAAACGAAAGAUGCAAUCAGCUAAGACUUCCCAGCCAACUAGAGCAACUGCGAAUUGGCAACUGCGGUGUGGCACUUGUAGACAUCCCGAAGGGGAUAAAGUACCUCAGCCUCAAGAGCAAGAAGUUGUUGAGCGAACUUAAAGAACUUCCAAUCACACUGGAGACACUGUCGCUCGAUUGCAGCAUGUUGAACUCUUUGUUCAAGCGACUUGGCCAAUACCCUUCACUCUGUCACAUAGAGGGACGAAGCGAUACGUUCACAGAGAAUUGUCUACCGAUGCUCCCGCCUAACUUGCGGAGUGUGGCUGUUAAACUUGACAACAUGUCUGAGCAGAUCGUCCUGCCAGACUCUGUGCAAGAUAUCGUGGUACACCUUGAGCAUCUGCCCCAGGACUUGAGAGAGUGCAUACAAGUAAUGAAACAAAACAAGACGAUUAGCUCAUUGAUGGCUGCCAAACGAGCGUUUAGCAUCCGCAACUUCCGUUCACAUCUCUUGUCAGGAUAUCACGUUCGACAUAACAUCUUUGGAGGAUGGACACUUCUCUUCUUCUCUCACCAUGAGUACACGUUCAUAUCGCCUGUUGAUUGGAACAAAUAG